AUGAGAGCUCUUGGCCAAAACCCAACAGAAGCUGAAUUGUCGGAUUUGCUAAACGAGGUGGACUCGAACAGCGACGGAUUCGUUGAUUUCGCCGAGUUCCUGACAAUGAUGGCCAGAAAGAUGAAGGACUCCGAUACUGAGGCCGAGAUUGUCGAGGCUUUCAAGGUGUUUGACAGCGAUGGAGACGGAAAGAUCAGUGCUACCGAGUUGCAGCGUGUUUUGACAACCAUUGGAGAGAAGCUGAGCGAAGAUGAAGUCAACGAGAUGCUGAGAGUAGCAGACACGGACGCAGAUGGACAGAUUGACAUCAAAGAGUUCACAAAGCUACUACUACAGAAAUGA